CCCGGAUAUAAUGGCAGUGAGGAAGAAGGAUGGCGGUCCUGAUCAGAAAUACUAUGAAUUAACAGAGACUAUUGCUAAAUUCGAACCGGUAAGAGCAUGGCUUGUGAAAAAUGCUAAAAAGCACGUGCAGGCGGAUCCUCCAACCAAUAAGUCGUUGGCUACGCUUGUGAUGCAAAUGUGGCAGUUUCAAGAGGAAGCACUUGGAAAGAAUGUGAGUAACCCUCCUCUCACUCGACUACCAGUAAAAUUGUUUAUGGAUUACGCACCUGCUGGAGCAUUAUGUCACAUCUUUGCUACAGCGUUUAAAGCCAAACAAGAACAGUGUUGGAGAAGGUUUGACUUUCAAAAUCCAUCAAGGAUGGACAGACACAUUGAACUGUUUAUGAAUGUUGAGAAAACUCUUGUCCAGCAAAAGCUGUUGGUGUUACCUGUUGUUUAUAUUAAUUCCGAUGUUGAAAAGGGCGUGGUGACAAAGUUGAAGGAAAUCAUAAAGAGUCACAAUGGUGCACUAACUGAUGACACAAAGGACGCCACUCAUAUCAUUCAUCCACCACCACCUCCUAUACCUGAAGAAGAAUGGCUCCGUCCACUUUUCAAACAGAGCAACACAGUGCUUGUCCACUGGUGGUACUACCCAGACAGCUAUGACACUUGGGUGUCUGCCAGUGAGGUUGACGAAGAGCCUGAACCUCCACCAAGUCAGAGAAAACAAUGGGAAGUCAACGCACGGUGGCUGCUUGAUCUGGACGUCUUCAACGAGUGGAUGAAUGAGGAAGACUAUGAGAUGGCCGACACUGAAGCAACAGGAUCAACCCGUUCAUCAACACAUGCACACGGUCGAUCAAAGAGAAAAUACUUAAAGGGCAAACCAACUGCAUCUAGUCCAGAGGAACUUCCUGCUCCCGAAACAGCACGACGUGGAGGAAGGAGUAAGAGGAAACGAUCACCCAUACCUGCUCCUCAACCUCAGACACCAGAAGUGAAGAAAAAGAAGAGAGGCCGGCCACCUAAACGACCAAAAGAUGAUCCAGAGGACUUGACGAGAGACUUAGAUGACCCACCACCUGUUCCAUCGGUCACAGAAGUUCAAACACCAGACAGUGGUGGAAGGGCAUUUAAAGACUCUGCUCUAAUACCCAGCAGCUACAGUGUUCUUGAAGAUAUUUCUGACAGCACACCAACUGUUAAGACGGUGGACACGGAAGACGAGGAAGGAGAUACGAAGGAGGCUGAAGAUGAUAAGAUGGAAACGGAUGAAAAGACGUCAAAAGAGGUUGCAGUCGAGAAUCGUUCUCUUGGUGAUCUACGUGAACACCAGACUGCAAACAAAGAGAGUGAACUACCCGAUGUGAAGCUGCAAGGAGAAACAGUUGUUAUAAGACAGAACCAUCACAUUGUAAUUCCCACUUACACGGCGUGGUUUGACUAUAACAGCAUCCAUGCUAUUGAGAAGCGAGCAUUGCCAGAGUUUUUCAAUGGAAAGAAUGGAUCAAAGACUCCUGAAAUAUACCUUGCUUGUCGUAACUUUAUGAUUGACACGUAUCGCAUAUCACCCCAAGAAUAUCUCACAGCCACAGCUUGUCGUCGCAACUUGGCAGGAGACGUUUGUGCUGUCAUUAGAGUGCACGCUUUUCUCGAGCAAUGGGGACUAAUUAACUAUCAAAUUGAGGCAGAAGGCAAACCUUCAAUGGUCACACCUCCACCGACUUCUCACUUCCACUUACUGGCUGACACGCCAACUGGAAUCAAACCAUUUCAACAACCGAAGUCUUUACAGGGUGCAUCGGAGCAUGUUGCACAAAUUAAAGAGAAAGAGUCUGGUUCGAGUAAUGAGGAGGAGAAGAAGCCAACUGAUGUCAACAAUUUUGGACUGAAGACUGACGUUUACCUCAAACGAGGAGGUUCAUCAAGAAAUUCACAGGAUUUGGGUGGUGCUGCAAUUUCAAGAGAAUGGACCGAUCAGGAGACAUUGCUUUUAAUGGAGGCUCUUGAGAUGUAUAAAGAUGAUUGGAACAAGGUGGCUGAACAUGUGGGAUCGAGGACUCAGGAUGAAUGCAUUCUGCACUUCUUGAGAUUGCCUAUUGAGGAUCCAUAUCUUGAAAGCUCAUCUGGGCUUGGACCUUUAGCAUAUCAACCGAUUCCGUUCAGUCAAACUGGUAAUCCUGUCAUGUCAACAGUUGCAUUUCUUGCCUCUAUUGUCGACCCUCGAGUAGCAUCUGCAGCAGCUAAGGCAGCAAUAGAGGAGUUUUCUCAUAUCAAAGAGCAGACAUCGCUUACUGAGAGCAGCACCAAGUCAACAGUGGGAAAAGAUGAUGAGGAUGCAAAAUCAAUGGAGACGGGUGAUGUAGCAUUAGGUGAUAGUCAAGUGAGUCAUUCCUCUCAAUCAGCAGGAUCUCUUAAUGCAGCUCAAACGGAGCCAACACAGACAGACAGCACAAGCAGCGUGUCAUCAUCAAAGCCAGUAGAUGAUAGCGACAUACAGAAAGCAGCAUCAGCAGCAUUAGCAGCAGCUGCAGUCAAGUCUAAGCAUUUGGCUGCAGUUGAAGAAAAGUCGAUCAAAAGUCUGAUUGCUUUGCUCAUUGAGACACAGAUGAAGAAAAUGGAUAUAAAGCUGAGGCAUUUUGAAGAGCUCGAAACAAUCAUGGACAGAGAAAGAGAGAAUCUUGAAGUCCAACGACAGCAGUUGCUAGUUGAGCGACAGAAAUUCCAACAAACGCAACUCGAGUUCGCAGAAUUGAGACGCAAACAUCAACAACUCAAACAGGAACAAGAGCAGCUUGAAAAACGACGCCAAAGUGAACAACUACAGAGGAACGACAUGCCUGGAGCAAGUCCAGGCGAUAAAGCCAUUGCGUCUAGUCUAGACACAGAGCUCCCGUUUCCUGUUACAGCAGGAGAGUCUCCACUAGCCGUACGAGUCACCGAAAAUGAGCUAUUCCCUGGGUUACAGCCUCAAACGUCCGGCCCACUGUCACAGCCUGGAGCCCAACCUGUGAUGGACAGCAACGAAGGUGGAGAUCAGUCUGAACCCGGAGCUGUGCCUGUGACCGAGAUAGGCGCUGCUACGUCAAUCAUGGAUGCUUCGGAAGUGAGCCGAACGCCAUCAGUGCCUAACAUAGCUAUGGACAACUUGCAGCGUUUCCAGCAACAGAGUCAGAUGCAGCAGCCUCAGGUGUCUGGUAUUCCUCAGCAGCCUCUUCCUCAGCAGCCUCUUCCUCAGCAGCCUCUUCCUCAGCAGUCUCUUCAGACUCUAAGUCAUGUGCAGCCGUCAAUCGGUAACCAGUACUCUCAGUCUACGCAACCGUUGUCUUAUCCGCCAUCAACUGUACAAGCACAGUCACCUUCGUUUCCAUACGGUCGUCUUACACCAACUACUCAACACAUCGGGAUACCACAGCAGCCACAGCAGACACGCUUCCAGAUGUCUCAGCGUCCACCUUCGGUUGUUCCUCAGCGACCGAUGCAGCAGUCGUUGCAGCCGUCGCCUGGAACAAUGUCACAACACCAAAUGUCCGGUAUGCAUCCGUCUACAGGUAACAUGUAUCAGCAACCUCAGAGGCAAGUGCCGUCUUCUGGAUAUGGAAUGAACCAGACGGGAAUGAACCAGACGGGAAUGGUGCAGGCUGGAAUGGGUCAGACGGGAAUGGGUCAGCCGGGAAUGGGUCAAGCAGCUCCACAGAUGCAGCAGGUCAUGUACGGAGGAGGUCUUGGUGGCAGGUAUCCAAUGCAAUCACAGCAAGGACUACAACCGUAUCAGCAGCAAUAUCGACAUAACUAGUUAGAAGGUAAAUACAGUAUGACGUGUGGUGAAUAUUUGAAGACUAUAGAGACCAAGUUUCGUACGUAGUUUUAAGGAAAUUACAUUGUAGACUUGACGAGUUUGUGGGUCCUCUAGCGUGCAUUAGCUGAAGGUACGUAGAGGUGCUAAUAGAUUCGUGAACAAAUGACUAAGAUGAGAUGAAUCAGUCAGACCAGCCAAACAUUUUGGAUGUAAAUCUAAAUGUGUUACUGGUCAGGGAGUCUUGGUCAUUUCAAUUUUAUUUUU